AUGCCUGCCCUUGUUAAUUACAAUGGGAGCGAUUUUGAGCAAGUCAGGAAGCCUUCAAUUAAAGUUCUUCUUGAUGAAUGUCUCAUUGAGAUCUUCAGGCACUUGGAUGGUGGUAAAGAGAGGAACUCAUGUGCAUGUGCCUCUAAAAAGUGGCUUAUGCUCUUAAGCAGUAUCCACAAGGUUGAUCUUUGCAAGAGGCAAAUUGCAGAUAAGGUGAUUCAACCCUUGAAGCUUGACAAUUUAGAUGACACUUAA